AUAAUCUACAUACGGGCAUUGGUGGAAGUAACAGAAAAAUGGCAGCGACAAGUGGAUUUAGCUCCACUGAAUCGCUCAAUACCAGUAUUCAAGAAAUUCCUGACCCUCUGAAGCAGCUCUAUCCAGCAGUAAAUGAAGAAGAAACUCCACUACCAAGAGCAUGGAGUUCUAAAGACAAGUACAAUUUUAUUGGAUUAUCCCAAAAUAAUUUGCGUGUGCAUUACAAAGGUGUUGGGAAGAACCACAAAGAUGCCGCCAGUGUGAGGGCCACACAUCCAAUCCCCCCUUCCUGUGGAAUUUAUUAUUUUGAAGUCAAAAUCAUCAGCAAAGGGAGAGAUGGAUAUAUGGGGAUUGGUCUCUCUGCACAAGGAGUCAACAUGAAUCGAUUACCAGGAUGGGAUAAGCAUUCCUAUGGUUACCAUGGAGAUGAUGGUCAUUCAUUCUGUUCCUCUGGCACUGGUCAGCCGUAUGGUCCAACAUUUACAACAGGAGAUGUGAUAGGCUGCUGUGUCAACCUCAUAGACAAUUCCUGUUUCUACACCAAAAAUGGAAUCAAUUUAGGUGUUGCAUUUACAGACUUACCAUCAAAUCUUUACCCCACUGUGGGCCUCCAGACUCCAGGGGAGGUGGUCGAGGCCAACUUUGGACAGACCCCCUUUGUGUUUGACAUAGAGGACUACAUGAAGGAGUGGCACAUGAAGACCAAAUUGACUAUAGAGAGGUUCCCUGUUAAUGACAAAAAAGGGGAAUGGCAGACGGCCCUACAACAGAUUGUAUCUACAUAUCUAGUACAUCACGGUUACUGUGGUACCGCUGAGGCAUUCUCACGAUCGACCGGCCAGACCAUAGAAGAGGACAUGUCAUCCAUCAAAAACAGACAAAGAAUACAGAAAUUGGUCCUAGCAGGUCGUAUGGGUGAAGCAAUAGAGACCACACAACAGUUGUAUCCAGGUUUAUUGGAGAGAAACCUAAAUCUAUUGUUUAUGCUCAAAUGUAGACAGUUCAUUGAGAUGGUGAAUGGAACUGACACAGAGGUGAGGGGCCCAGCAAUUCGCAGCCCCAAAUCACGACAUGGGAGUGGAUCUAACCGUUCCAGUCCCAAUAUGAGCCCUGUCCACCACACAAAUUCAUAUUCACAGAAAAACACUCCAGUAGGAUCCCGUGGCAAUAGUCCUAACCGACCUAUAGGUGUCAAGGGUCAUAGUUCAGGUUCAUCUUCACAAACAAGUCAAAACUUACAGGUGUCACAAAGUAACAAUCAGAAUAUGGGUGAUUUAAAGACGAUAUCUGAGGAACAAAUGAAUCGUGCGAAUAUAUCAAUGAAUGGAUCGGAGUGUCACAUGAUUGAGGAUGAUGAUGUGGAAAUGAUGGAUGGACUUGUUACAGAGACUAAAGCAUUCACAAAUGGAAACUCAGACGGAGCUUACAUGAACGGAAAUAAUCACACAUGCAAAUCAGAGGACAUGGAUGUGGAUGCCCCCUCAGGUAAAAGACAGUUGUGUGGAGGAUCUCAGGCAGCCAUUGAGAAAAUGUUGCUGUUUGGAAGAGAACUCCAGUCUAUGAACCAGAGGCUAAAACGGGAGUACGGGAAAAGUGAGAGCAACAAUAGAUCACUACAGAAUGCCUUUAGUUUGUUGGCGUACUCUGAUCCAUGGAACAGUCCGGUAGGAUACCAGCUAGACCCGGUGCAACGAGAAUCAAUCUGUGCUGCCUUAAACAGUGCUAUAUUAGAAUCCCAGGGUCUGCCUAAACAACCUCCACUAGAGCUGGUCAUUGCCCAGUCUACUGAGUGCAUGAAGCUAAUGUCCAAAGCCAAGAUUGGGUCCUGUGCAUUUGCCAACCUCUCAGACUAUCUCCACUGACAAACAGACAAGCAAGUGCCUGACAAAAUUUCCAAGUUUUGUAGAUGUCAUUAGCUACUGGAUGCGGGCAUGUCAAUGAACAAUCAUUAUAUGCAACACUUCUCAGAUUCACUGUAAAUUGUUCAUUUUAUCCAUUUUUGUUUCUGUCAAAGAACAGCACAAAAGUGAAAUUGAGGACAUUUAGAAGAUAAUGGUUUGAAUACUACCUAGUGAAUUUUGUUUCUGUAUUUUUGAUGACCUAGCAAGUUGAAUGUGCUGUAUGUGAUGAAAGGAAAACUCUUUUCUUUGUUUUUGAUCAGCAGUAAAAAAUUUAUUUAUAACUAUAAGAAUUAAAGAUUAUUAUCAUUUAAUAAUUUUCAAAUGGUGCCUCUGUGUGUUUUGUUCUGAAUUGUAGAAUUAGGUCAAUUACCCGGUAAUAAUCAAGACCUUAAUGAGCGCAUGUUUUUUUUUUCAUACCGGUAUUCCAAUUAUGAGGGUGGGAGUAUUUUUGAGAAGGUCAUAAUGCUCUGCUGCAAUGCUACAUCUCUUUGAUUUUGUCAGGUUACAUUUUUGAUCUCAGUCCACCCGCUCUGCUGAUUGGGUCAAUAAAAAUGAUAUUAAUAAUAUCAACAUCAUGUGAAAAUUAAAAAAUCGGACAACUAAUAUAAGAAAUGUCAAAAAUUGUCAUUAUGUACAUAAUAUGUUAUUGUAUCAGCAUGUAUGUAUGCAUGCACAGAAUGUGCAUGGAAACAUCUAAAGGAUGGCUUUCAUAAAAACGGUGACUGGUUUUUAAUAUGUACUGCAUAUAUAAUUUUUUGUGAUCAGAAUGCUAUUGUGAUCUUAUGAAGAAAUCUUGUCUACUACUGUUUUAUGGAAGAGUUACGAUUCAUUGAUAGAUUUGAAUAUUCUGUUAUUGAGAAAUGCGAGGUUGGACAUUGUGAAUUUGUAUUUCUAUUCAGCCUGUUUUACAGAUCAGUUUAUUUAUUUAUAUGAGAGGAUCACUUAUGCAAGUUUAUUAUAAAGUGCAAAUGUUUUUAUACCAAACAGCAGUUGGGCUAUAUCUAAUGUGUGUGAUAUUUAAAAUACAUUAAAGAUUGUACAUCUAA